AUGGGAAUCAUAGACUUCAUCAAGGACAUCAUCCGUCCUGGCAAUGGGGUGGAUUACCCCAAGCCUGGCGACAUGGUGACCGUGCACUAUCACGGGUAUUUGUAUGAUCCGACGCGGUCGUGGAAUCGAGGACGACGGUUCGACAGUAGUAUCAAAAGAGGAUACCCAUUUACAUUCCAGAUUGGCAUGGGCAAAGUGAUCAAAGGAUGGGAAGUUGGAAUCCUGGGGAUGAGUCUUGGAGAAAAGGCUCUACUUACUUUCGGGCCACACUACGGAUACGGUGAAAAGGGGGCACCGCCCUUUAUCCCUGGAAAUUCGACUCUUGUCUUUAAUGUUGAACUGUUGGCUAUCAACGGCCGGAGUCUUCCGUCGGAUGACUCGGAGUGA